CCCUCUCCGCGUCUCCGUCUCCUCCCCUCCUGAUGGAAAAGGGUUGAAGCGUUUCUGAUAGGAGCCUGGACUGCUCCUGGCUGGAAGGGAGAGGGGGACAGAAAGAGAGAGAAGGGAAACAAGGAGGGUGGACUCAAGCCGAAACUCCGAGGCGGCUGUAGUGCGCCGCGGACCUUGCUUGCUUGGCGGUCUUUGGGACUCAGGAGGCCCCCACGGCAGCUUGUAGGAUCGCUGGGCUUUCUCGAGGGCUGUUGUUUUCCUGGGAUCUUCCGCGAGACACCCCCCUCCCCCAAACCGUAUUACGUCUGCCGCCGCGGUAAUUUCCUUCAGUGUAAAGAUGUGCGUGUGAACGCUUGCAAAAGCUCUAUCGCCCUGGAGACCUGAAACAAAGGCUCUAGGAGGUUCCAAGAUUUGUUUGGCACAAGACCCAAUGUGUGUGUCUGCAAGAUGACUAUUUGAAGAACAUCAGCCACAGUUGCAACAGGAUUACAAGAGAGCACGGACCUCGAAAUGACAUGCUAGUGAUGCAAAGGCAGUAUCUUCUGGGGCCCUACCUUGGACGGUGAAUGUGCAGCACGUCUUCAGUCAUGGUUGUUUCAAGAUUAAAGGCUGUUCCACUAUCAUUGCCAAGCCUUUUCCUUCUCACUUUUCACCUCUCUGCAUCGCAGAAUAUCCUUGUUUACUCUGAAGAUGAGCAGCAGUGUUCAAGAAGAGAGCACCCAAUGAUUUCUUUUGAAGAUCUGAAGCCUUGGGUCUCAAAUUUCAGCUAUCCAGGUGUACGGGACUUCUCCCAGCUUGCUCUGGAUGCCAAUAGAAAUCAACUCAUUGUUGGAGCCAGGAACUACCUCUUCAGACUCAGUCUCCACAACGUUUCUCUUAUUCAGGCAACAGAAUGGGGUUCAGAUGAAGACAUCAGGAGAUCAUGUCAGAGUAAAGGAAAAACUGAGGAGGAAUGUCAGAACUAUGUUCGUGUUCUGAUUGUUUAUGGAAAGAAAGUUUUCACUUGUGGUACCAAUGCUUUUUCACCAGUGUGUUCCAGCAGACAGGUGGGAAAUCUUAGCAAAAUCAUUGAGAAAAUAAAUGGGGUAGCCCGCUGUCCCUACGACCCCCGGCACAACUCGACAGCAGUGAUCACAUCGCAGGGAGAACUGUAUGCUGCAACGGUCAUUGAUUUCUCUGGACGAGAUCCCGCUAUUUACCGCAGUCUUGGGAAUGUCCCACCUCUUAGAACAGCACAAUAUAAUUCCAAGUGGCUUAAUGAGCCCAACUUCAUUGCUGCCUAUGACAUUGGUUUGUUCACUUACUUCUUUUUCCGUGAGAAUGCUGUAGAACAUGACUGUGGGAAAACUGUCUAUUCUCGCGUGGGAAGGGUUUGCAAAAACGACAUUGGGGGGAGAUUUUUAUUGGAGGACACAUGGACAACAUUUAUGAAGGCUCGGCUGAACUGCUCCCGUUCUGGUGAAAUCCCUUUCUACUACAAUGAACUGCAAAGCACAUUUUAUCUACCUGAACAAGAUUUGAUCUAUGGAGUGUUUACAACCAAUGUAAACAGUAUUGCUGCUUCAGCAGUGUGUGCCUUCAAUCUCAGUGCUAUUACGCAAGCCUUUAAUGGGCCUUUCCGAUACCAAGAAAAUCCAAGAUCUGCAUGGCUGCCAACAAUCAACCCCAUCCCUAAUUUUCAGUGUGGAAUACUGAAUGAUGAUAGCCCUAAUGAAAACCUGACAGAGAGGAUCCUUCAGGAUGCUCAGCGCUUAUUCCUGAUGAACGAUGUUGUGCAACCAGUCUCUGUGGAUCCAUAUGUCACUCAGGACAACAUCCGUUUUUCUAAGCUGGUGGUUGACAUUGUUCAGGGCAAGGACACACUAUACCAUGUGAUAUAUAUUGGAACAGAACAUGGCACCAUUUUGAAGGCACUUUCUACAACUAAUAAGAGCCUAAGGAGUUGUUAUUUAGAGGAAAUGCAGAUUCUUCCUGCCAGCCAAAAGGAGCCAAUCCAGAGCCUCCAAAUCCUUCACAGCGACAGAUCCCUGUUUGUGGGUUUGAAUAAUGGAGUGCUAAAAAUUCCUCUGGAGAGAUGUUCAAUGUACAGAACAGAAGGUGAGUGCCUGGGAGCAAGGGACCCAUACUGCGGCUGGGAUAGGAAGCAGAAGCGUUGCACAACCAUUGAGGACAGCUCCAAUAUGAGCCUGUGGAGUCAGAAUAUUACCGAGUGUCCUGUGAAAAAUCUGAUGGUGGAUGGCCAGUUGGGGGCCUGGUCCCCAUGGCAACCGUGUGAACACUCAGAUGGUGACAGCACAGGCUCCUGCAUGUGCAGAUCGCGGUCGUGUAACAGCCCUCGGCCUCAGUGUGGUGGACGUGACUGUGAAGGAGCCAGAAUAGAGAUUGCAAAUUGCUCAAGGAAUGGAGCUUGGACACCAUGGUCGUCCUGGGCCCCCUGCAGCACUUCCUGUGGGAUUGGCUUUCAGGUCCGUCAGAGGUCGUGCAGCAACCCUGCUCCGCGAUACGGAGGCAGGGUCUGUGUCGGACAAAGCAGAGAGGAGCGGUUCUGCAAUGAGAACAGUCCAUGCCCAUUGCCAAUCUUCUGGUCUUCGUGGGGCCCUUGGAAUAAAUGUAGCGCAAAUUGUGGUGGAGGGGUGCACUCCAGGCAGAGGUCUUGUGAAAAUGGAAACUCCUGCCCAGGCUGUGCUGUGGAGUAUAAAACCUGCAGCCCAGAGGCCUGCCCAGAGGUCCGAAGAAACACACCUUGGACUCCGUGGAUGCCCACCAACAUCACUCAGAGUGGAGCUCGUCAAGAACAGCGUUUCCGCUACACCUGCCGCGCUCAGCUUGCUGACCCUCACGACCUCCAGUUUGGCAGGAAGAAGACGGAGAGUCGGUUCUGCCCCAAUGAUGGCUCAGCUGUUUGCGACACUGAUUCUUUAGUUGAUGACCUUCUGAAAAGCGGCAAGACCUCUAUUCGGAUUAUCAAUGGUGGGUGGUCCUUUUGGGGAGGGUGGUCAUCUUGCUCUCGAGACUGUGAGCUGGGCUUCAGAACCAGGAAGCGAACAUGCACCAAUCCAGAACCAAAAAAUGGUGGCCUACCUUGCAUAGGAUCUGCAAUGGAAUAUCAGGACUGCAACCCACAUCCCUGUCCAGUGAAAGGUUCAUGGUCCUGCUGGACUCCUUGGUCUCAGUGCUCAGCAACUUGUGGAGGAGGGCACUACCAGCGCACCCGAACCUGCACCAACCCAGCGCCCUCUAAUGGGGAGGAUAUCUGCAUUGGGCUGCACACCGAGGAAGCACUGUGCAACACGCACUUGUGUGAAGGAGGCUGGUCCGAAUGGUCUGAAUGGAGCUUGUGUAACGAAGAUGGGAUCCAGUAUCGUAGUCGUUACUGUGAAAUCCACAAUCCAGGAUCUUCCCAAUGUGCUGGGAACAGCACACAAUACCAGGACUGCUUGUACAAUGAGAUCCCAGUAAUCCUGCCAGCCUCAAGCAUUGAUGAGAGCACGAACUGUGGAGGUUUCAGCCUCAUCCACCUAAUUGCCACAGGGGUCUCCUGCUUCUUUGGUUCCAGCCUCUUAACCUUUGUUAUCUACGUGUACUGCCAGCGUUGCCAGAGGCAAUCUCAGGAGUCAACUGUUAUCCAUCCCACCACUCCCAAUCAUCUCCAUUACAAAGGCAACACAACUCCCAAGAAUGAGAAAUACACACCUAUGGAAUUCAAGACACUUAACAAGAACAAUUUAAUACCAGAUGACAGGACCAACUUCUAUCCUUUGCAGCAAACAAAUGUCUACACAACCACCUAUUACCCCAGUACACUGAAUAAGUAUGACUACAGGCCUGAGGCCUCCCCUGGAAGGACCUUUACCAACAGCUGAUGAUGGACACCAAGAACUGGAUCGCUUCCUUUAUGAUUUUUAUUUUUAAAAUUGAGUUUAUGGACCAAAUAUUGGCCCAGUCUCUAGAUGUAAAUAUUAUACAGUGGGCCUUUUAUUUUCUCUUUUAUCAGUGGUCUUACUUUUGAGUAGUACAUCUCCUUAAGUGGACCCACUGCUUAUGGACAAUGGACCAUCUUGCCUAAGAUUUUUUGAGGAGUCCUCAGCUAGAGACAUCACAUACUGCUAUGGAUAUUUAUGGCUGGAGAUGCCUUUAUGUCUGAUGCCAUGACAGUCUAAGAACCAACCAUUAUGUGCUAACUUUGUGUGGAAUGGUACUUGGCUACCCAGCACUGCUUCAGAAACUCAGUGGACAUGGAAGACAAAUGCCUUCAACGUGCCGAGAUGCGUCCUUCAUAAGCCUACAGGUUAAUGGUAGUAUGAAUGUCAUCCACAAGAGAAGCCUUAUCGAACAUUGUGCUCAAGAUUCUGGUGUUUAGGUUUGGGGGUUGAUCAGUGUGUCAUCACCAUUUCCUGCGACACGUUGAAAUAAUAUGCAGCCUUCAAUGGGGAAAAAAAGUCUAGUGAGAUAAAAAGAACAAAGAUAAGGUACUUCACACAAAACUAGCAUUUUGAAACAUUUCCAGUCACAGUUUUGAGGAAAAUGUAGGAUGACGUAACCUGAAGUAUAGGUUUGUGUGCUUGAAGCAUGGGCUCUGGGUAGAAGAGAAUUUAUCCCACUGGGGAAAAUAUGAUGAGUGGAACAAGAGCCAUGGAAUAUCCUGAUUUUGGAAGGGGUGGGGCAACUAUUUUCUUUUAACUUUGAUUGUGGUAGUCUCUUAAGGAGCUGCUAGAUUGAUGGCCUUGCUGUCCUUGUUGAAAUCACCAAGCUUUGUGCUAAUGCUGAUUUUAUUUUUUAUAAUUUUUUAUUCACGGGGGGGGGGGGGAUGUUUUGAGUUCAGUUUGUCUCUGAAGAAUGUCUUCAUAGCAUAGUCUAACCCAUAAAGCCUACUGCAGAUUCCUUCAGUGUCUUCCAGCUAGUACUUCUCCAUGGGAGUACAAUGUGCACCAUCAGUUGACAGUGUCCUUCUGUGUCUGAGCAAGAAGAAGAAAAAGUAAUUCUGCUUCGGUAAAGGUAAAAAAUGGGGUCUGUAGCCUUUUCAAAUAAUAAUCCAGUCCAGUUUUGAAAUGUUAUUCUUUGUAUAUGUGUGAUUGUGUUAGACCAGUGCAGAAGCCAUGUCGUCUUUGGACAGGUGAUUGUCUGACAUUCAUGUCUAGCCAAUGCACACCACGCUUUAAUGGACAUUCCCAGUGUGUCUGGCAAUGUGAGCGAGUUCGCCAUUGUUGUUCAGCAUAACUCCUGGUGCUAAGAGAUGGAGACUGCCACAAUGCAGAGCAUGUAAUAAGGGUCCCGGCAUGAUUGAUGAACAAUUCCAGAGCUUGGGGAUUCUCCUCCAUAUCUUCUUUCAGCAAUGACCAUAUCUAUUUGCAGUUGCUGGCUUGCCAUUUGUUUUAGAUUCAGGUUCACUGUCUGGCAGCCAGACCUGUGCUCAUUACUGUUGCCACAUUUAAAACAGAUUUUGGACAUAUAAUCUGAAUGAUGGCACAGUUGAGACCAUUAACAACUGGUCAGUGGCUUUGUGUUCAUGAUGCAAAAUGGCUAGUUUGAAUAGGAAGAGCAAUCCAGUACUGAUGCCAACAUCUGAUGUUACCUUAUGCAACCAUAUAUCAUAAAACAUUGGUGCCUAAAUUGUGAAUGGUAUCAGUGGGGCUGAAGUAGUCUGGAUGGGUGCAUGGGCUGUAGGUUUUUUUGGGAUUUAGAUAUGCAACCUGCUGGGGUUUUGUUUUGGUUUUUGCUGUUUGUUUCCAUGUGCCCAUGACUGAGAACUUGAUCAAAUCCAGACUCUUCUGGGGUUUUUGUUGUACACAUGAGGCUCUUUUGAGUGAAAAUCUCCCAUUCACCUGACAAAAGAAAUGAUUGGGACACUUGCUCAUAAUUGAGCUCCAUCUGAGCCUCUAUAUUGUGUAAGAAAUGGCUGGAUCAGUGUCACUGUUUCAGAGGGUGCUGCAAAAUUGUAAUUUAUUUUGCAACAGUUCUUAAAAAGGUAUAUAUGCAAAUGAAUUAAACCUUUUGUUCACUCUUUUUGCCAUAAAAUAAGCCAGAUCUAUUUUUCAGUUAGAUAAAGACUAGAAUUUAUUUUAUUACAUAGAAUAUUUUCCCAUUCUGGUUAUGCAGCAUAUCUUUCUUUCUCCAAAUGCCAGAAAUCAGGGCAGGCUAGGGGAGGGAUAUUUUUAGUUAGGAUAUUCCAAAUUCAUUCUUCCCAGGCAUCUGAAUGUGAAGAAUGAUACCCUUUCAAAAAUAUGAAUGGCAAUUGCAACGUGGGUGUGCAGAUGCCAUUUCAACAGAAAGUAGGGUGAAUGGGUGGAAAAGAAGAUCUGAACAUUUUAACAUUCCAUUAAUGUUUCCAUGGCAGUGCAGUUCUUUAGGGGCAACAUCUAAUGCAAAAUAAGAGCAGUUUCUUAUCACAUGGCAGGUUAAUGACAGAGGACAUAGUGACAUUCUUGCAUCCUAAGUUAAUUUAGUGUUUCAGGCACCCAGCUGCUAAUGUCCACAGUAGAGCGGUCUGAUUCUCUAGAGGGGUUUUCUAAACACCUGGUAUUUUUUAUUACACUUGGGGUUGUCAUAAUGGAUGUUGUAGUACAUACGGGAAAUGUAUUUGGUUUGGCAGUGUUGCUUUUGACAGCAGGGUUUAGCCAGCAAGGAAACAAAGCCCCCUCCCCUGCCCACCCCAGUGUUAGAUGUGGAAACUGAAUAUGCAAAUGUUUGGGAAUAUCCUUCAGAGGAGCAAUGCAUUUUUGCCAUGGGGAAGAGACCCAGCUGAAGCACCCCCUUACAUCUAGUGGGGCACUUUGCACAGAAAGUUUCUUUUGAAACUCGGGAUUUCCUAAACCAGUUCUAUGUAGCAGGAGGCAGCCAUUAAAGUGUCCAAGUUGCAUGCAACCCCAGAGGUGCUGUGAGGAGGACUGUGCCCAAAUUCUUUAUGGUCAAGUGCUACAAAGGAUCUCUCAUCCACUUUUUGUUUUACUUUUUUUAAAACCACCUUUAUAAGCUUAGGCAACAUCUACGAGAUUUAGUUGAACAGAUUUGAAACUAGGGCGUUCAUUUUGAGAGGAAUAUGUUGAACCCAGGGAGUGGGACAGAGAGCAAAGAACACUGCAGAUUCUUUUAGAACGGAGGUUUGAAUAAUAGCAACUACAAAUCCUAUUUUACAAAUCGUAUUUUGGAGGUUGUCCUAACACUUCACUUUCUCCAGGUGCAGGGAAGAAAAUGGCUUUUCAUAUUUGGAUAGGAAGAUGUUGUUAGCUUUUGAUUUCAGAAUCAUAACCUGUGGUUACUCAAAUGUGAGGAACUAUCACCCUUGUGUUUUGUCUCUUUUUGGAAAAAAUAAUAAUAGGUUUUUGCAGGUAAUAAGAAAGAGCACUACAGUUGCCCUGCUUUUAUGCAUUCUGAUACAGCAGUUUCUUACAAGCUGCCAUAGAACUCUCCCUCUCAGAAAAGGGGCAGAAGACAUAUGUAUUGUUUCAUAGCUGUGGAGCUGCUGCUGGAACUGUUAAAACGAAUGUGGCUAAACCUUGCUAGCAAGGGAGCUGCACACAUCAUAGAAGGUGUGCCAGACUUUGGCAAGUCCAGUGAGUGGAGAGUGCAAGAGCUGAUCUAAGUGAGUAACGUUUGCUCAUCUUUCCUGCUGCUUAUCCCAGUGCCCUCUACUGCUAUAAUGUGACUACAGAGAAUGUUUAGACUGCUAAGGCAGCAAAGCUUAAUCACCAUGGUAUAUGGGAGCCUUACACAGAUUUGCUUUCUGGCAGCACCAGUUGUGAUGCAGUUUCUUGAACCUGAUGCUGUUUUGCCACUUCUGCCAAACUAGUAUUGCAGCAAUUGAAUCUGCCCCUUUGGUUUAUGAGGCUUUAUAUUUUAACAAAUAUACAUUGACUUUAUUGUGGCAAAGCUAGUUAAGAACACCCUGCUCUUCAAUAAUAUGCACAUUCUAAUAGAGAAGGGGGAGAACUUUCUUUAUGUUAAAAGGAAACCUUUGAAGAAUAAUGAGGUAAUGGCAUUGGAAAGGUGGUGAUUUGAGUGUUUAUUCAUCUCUUGCAGUGGCUCACCUAUGACUUAUGAGUUAUACAUAUAUACCUGCUGCCUUAUUUUUUUAUUUUAUUUUAGAGAAUGAACUUAGAUGAAGAUCUGUGUAGGAAGUGGGUAUGAUUUGAUCCCUUUGCAGGGCGGGGGUAUAAUUUAGGAUUGCUCCCCCAUUCUAGCAUUACAAAAAUCUAAUGUUAAGAAAAAAUUAUAUCCAGCAAUCAAACUAAUUAACUUGGUCCAUUUAGUCACACCAAAUGUCGGACUUUAUUACACAAGCAAAAUAAAAACAUAAAGUUCACCAUAAAGUCCUGUUACUCAAAUCAUGUGUAUGUUUAUAUAUUUAUAACACAUACAAAUGGUAUAUGUACUGCUGGUCUAAAAAAUAAAUUUAGAAUAAUAAAAGCAGCACUUGGACUUGAGGAUAGGUUUCAAAGGGGAACCCGAAAGAGAAAAUGACAGACUUUAACAAAAACAUUUCAUAGAUGAAUGAAUUUUGUUGUUCAAUUAAAAUUGAGGAGUUGACUUUUGUAGCUAGAACUGUUCAUCUUCCCAGCCCACAAAAAAUCCAUUCCUGUUAAGAAUGGCAAAGUAAACAAUGUUUGUAUUUGCUCAUACUUUAUGAAUAAACAGUCCAAAUUGACUUAGUAUAUUGGUCCUAUUGUUUUUAAUUAUCAGUAGAGGUGUGUGAAAGUAGAAAAACUAAGCUGUGAGAAGGACUAAUAAUAUUAACAUGAGCUGGGCUCCUUGAGUUCCAUUUUCAUUUACAGUAAGCCUGCAACUUUAACUUUUGCGCAUUCAGCUAUAUAUGCCCUGGGGGGGGGGAUUAGAAAGGGAGCAGGGUUCUGGGGAAAAUGACUUUAGCCAUCCCAUCCACCAUUGAACCCAAUGUGUUUUGAGUAUAUGUGGUUUUGGCUUCAGGCACAAUCCCCAGACUGUAACCUCCAAGCAAGUUGCAGGUUUACUGUACUGCAAAAAUCAAUUGCUUUCAACUUGGUUAGGUGGUAUCGUAGAUGCUCUUCUACAGGUAAAUAAAUACUCUUUCAUCUUCUAGGCUACUAUUCCACAUUGAAUGUAAUGAUGUUAAGGGGCUAUAGAGUGAAUUUAAGAAAAAAUGGGUGACUUCUGACCUUGCGGUUGUUGGACGCAUCCAACUUUACUUUCAGUAUUCAGCACAUCCCAAAUUUAGCCAUCCCUAUUUCUUUUUGCAGGACUUCAUUUUGUACCUGUUGAAAAUGAGUUGAGAGGCAGAAGGAACAGAGAGAAAGCUACAUAUAUUAGUGGCUGUAGAGCGAGGGACUGGUAUAUAUAUCAAGUUACUUCCUGAUUUUUUUUAAGAGGUAUGAAAUGUCCUCAAGCUACAAAAUAGGCUGUAGUGUACAGUAGCCUAUGCACACAAUAAAAUUUAAUUUUAAGAUCUCACAAGACUAUUUUUACUAUCACAUGCUAAAACUACCCUUCUUGAAUUAGUUGUCAUUGUGAGGGACAUCCUGCUAUUCCCAGUGGGAAGAAAACUACCGUUGGUGCAAGAGAGAACUUGCAUCCCACUGGAAGUAACAGGUGCAAUUUUGAUCCAAACUGCAGAAAGAGUAAACUGGUUAAAGCCCCGUUCCCACAAAAACACACCAGCCCCAUCUAGUUUACCCUUGAGUUCUCUCUAAGUUGAACUAUUCAGGUGAAACCUCGAGCUAUUUUCUGGAGAAACAUCAAGGAAUUUUAACAGCAUUAAAGAGCUGGACAAAUUCUAGAAACCUGCCAAAGAGAGAUUCCUUAGGGGUGAUCUCUGCUAUUUAUGCCAGAUGUACUUUCCAGAAAACAAUGCAUUCUAAAUUAGCAGCUGUAUGUCUGGCUCCUAAGCUCAUUUGCCUGAAACCGAAACUCCACUAUGCAUGUGAACACCGUUCUUGCACAGGUAAGACAGUAGUUUUUGUGCAUCUUUUGCUGUGGGGUCUCUGGAUCAGGAAAGUAAACCUCAUUUAUUUGAAUAUAACUACUUAGAAUUGGCUAGCUUUUGUGGUAAGGCACUCGCACUGUCAACAGCCUAGGAUAGAAAGCAUGGGUUGCAAUACGAUAAAAGUUGUUUUCCUGCUUCUUUGUUAUCUCAGAUCCCUCGCCCGGACCCAACUCCCUUCCAUCUCAGCCAGCAUGACCACUGUGGGUGUUUGGGCUGACCGCACUGGCAGAGCACCCAGUUUGGGAAGGCUAUCCCAACAUACAUAUUGUGUAUCAGACACAUUGUGCCAGUGGUGAUAUUUGCUUCCAAAUGCUUCCACUUGUACUAAAAUAAUCACAUCCUGUCCAUAUAUUUAUUAUAUGGAAGGUUAAUGGGUCUAUUUUCCUCUAGGGGUUUUCUCUCGUCAUAAGAAAAAUACCAUCUAUAAAUAGGUCCUGAAAAGUACCGGCUUCCUUAUUACACGUUAAGCCUGCAUUUAUUUGCAGUGAGUUCAGAGCUAUUACACCGCUAAAGCAGAAAAAAAGCCCUGAGGCUUAAUUUGAGCCAAGACUCACUGGUGAAUCAUUUCAAACCAUUGUCAGUGCAGUGGCUUAGCCCUGGAAUACCUAAGGACACUGUGCUUUUAACCAUGUGCAGAAUAUUCCAGCCCAGUUUACUCACCAGUCCAUCUCCCGGGUCCAAAUAUGUGAUGUCUUAAAUAGGCAUGCACCUCUUAGACACACCAGCGUUUGUAUCAAUUGUGAAUACAGUGGUACCUCUACUUACGAAUGUUUCUACUUACGAAUGUUUCUACUUAUGAACGGCGCUCCGUCCGCCAUCUUGGAUGCGGUUUAGAUAGGAUUUUUUCUACUUAUGAAUUUUUAGAUAGGGUUGGUUCGACUUACAAUUUUUUUCUCCCAAUGCAUUCCUAUGGGAUUUGACUUACAAUUUUUUUUUACUUACGAAUGUGCGUUCGGAACGCAUGAAAUUCGUAAGUAGGGGUACCACUGUACAGACCAUUUUCUCCCAUCUCCUUCUUCCGCUUCAGGAUGAACCUUUAAGAACACACAGAUCCUUUGUUUGUAAUUUGAAGGGCAAGUUUUUAAAGAUAAGACCAUGUUUAGUGAAGGGCAAUUCUUGAGUGUGAGGACCUGAGUCGCUAGUAGGAGGGCUGUGUUGCAAGUUUACACUGAGGUCAGGAAGAAUGCCAUAAAGGCUUGAAGUACAGAAAAGAUAAAAGUAUGUAGAGGUCAGUCAGCUGCACAACUAACUACUCUUAGCCAGUAUCCAAAUGUGUGCAUAUUUGAAAUGCAAUCUAAUUCAUUUUUAACAAGUAAAGCAUGAGGAAACACAAAUGGGAGAUGAAGAUGGGAGAUGCCUCCACUCUAUUUUGUAGCUGAAGUGGAGAUAAAUGACAGCUCUUUAGUAUAUAAAUAGAGAUAAUUAUUAUCACAACAACAAGCAAAGUAUAUGCCUUGUGAAGCAAAAUAGGGGGGGGAUUAUCAGACUCUUGUGAAGGCACAAUACCCUUCCUAUGCAACUGAACACAAUGGUACUGUUAGAAUAAAGGUGAUGUAUACUUUUAACCACUGCCUUUAGACACUGUGAAUUUUAGGGGUGGGGUGGGCUUCUGUAUUUUUAUAAAUUGUACUAUGUAAAGAAGAAUUAAGAAAUAAAACUCAAACAACCUACUAAGCUUCCGAGUUGUUUGUCAGCAGUAAAUAAGAUGACAAUGGAGUUUAAAGCUGUGGCUGAAGCAAAGGUGCUUAAAGAAAUUUAUCAAUAGUAGCUUUUGGGCAAAGUCCUCAUAUUGCUUCCAACUUUUGAUGUAGACAUAAAAUCCAUGGAAUCCAAAACUUGCUAAAUAAGAUUAGGGUUCUGGCUACAUUACUUCAUCACAGGGGAGUAGAAAGAGCAGACAUUCCCUUUAUUUCAGAGUGUGUGCUUGACAAACCACCUUGACACACAUUUAUUUGGAUAUCACAAAGCCAAAUGAUUUUCAGUAGCUACUAGAAAUGCAGCUCCCAAUAUAUUCAGAUAAUGAGAAUACUGAACUAGUAUGGAAGGUGAUGGUACCAAUUAUAGAAAUGGUACAAAACAGAAUUACCUCUCUCUAUGUGGUGGGGUGGGAGAUGCCCUCUGGAACAGUUGUCAACUAUCCCUUAAGGUUUCUUGUGGGAUAGGAGAUAAAUUAUUUCCUGUCUGAAAUACAAAGUAAGGAAAUAAGUGCAAAGUAAGUUGUGAUGAUAAAAAGACAUGAAGAAAAAAUGUUCUGGGGUAAGCAGGGGCAAUCCAAGUCAUCCUAUGUAAGUCUGAAAUAACCACUGAGAAUAAUUAUGAUUCUGAGGAGGACUACACAGGACACUUAUCUCCUGGAGAAACAAAAGGUAGUAAAACAACCUACACUGCCCUGGACAGAUACUUUUCAGAAAGAAGGAAAGAGACAGAUUGGUUGCACAGGAGACCUUCUACCCAAGUAACCAUUGGAUACAACCCUAUACAAAAUUAAUAUACCUUAAUCCAUGAUACAUUGAAAAAUGCAUUAAUUCCUACAAAAGCUAGUCAAUUAAACAAUCCACACUUCAUUAAAUCAACUGGAGGAAAAUUUAAAUCCAUUACUUAGACAAUCAGCAUUUAAAUAAAUCAUAACUACGUUUAGCAAUCAGCUAAACAAAACUUAGUCAUUAAAAAACCCCAAUUAACUGUCCUACUAUUCAUUCUAAUUGAUUUCCUCCCAAGAGUAAUACAUUUUUAGGAACUUUAUUGCCGCAAAUUAAUGUUUCUAAUACAGAAAGCCAAAGGAAAACAUUCAUCGCAUGUUCACUCUUACUUAACUCAAAUUCAUCAGUUCAUAAUGCUGCAAAUUCAUUGUAGAUACUAAUCUCCUAAUCCAGAGGUUGAUCAUUAAUUCCUCUGUUUAUCGAAGAGUAUCAAUACUUGGUAUCUAAAUGGGAUUCCAUGCUCUCGUCUGCUGAAAGCAGUAUGUAUCACACACACAGCCUAUUACAAACAUAUCUCAAGACAGUUUACAAUAAAUCAACUAAAAUGAAUAAAAAUAAUCCCAACACCAUUAACAGUCAGUACAAAAUUCAACUUUAAAAGUUUGACAAAUGACUGGUAUCAGUAGCCAGCACAACAGUGUGUGUGUGUGGGGGGGGUGAGUAUUCCAAAGAGUGGGCACCACAAAAAAAACCUCUCUGGUUGGGAAGAUGAGCUUCUGCAGAAUGCAGAACAACCAGGAGAGCCUCAGUAGGUGACCUUAGUGAGAAGACAGGUCUGUACACUUAUUUUAUAGUAUAACCUUUAAAAUACAAACAGAAUGUACUUACAGGGACAAAUAACGUUUCCUUGCAGCCUUCAGCCUUUUUUGACUUCAGCCUUUGUUCUUGCCAAACAGGAUGAUCCCUUCUGGUGGUGGUGGUGCUGCUGCAGAAAAAUAUUUAUGGAACAGUAGCUCCUACCUGGACAGACUAGUAGUUGGA